UGACACUUUGACGCUUUGACGCGUUGGCCCUGCCCUUUGGCCCUUUGCCGCCUGGAGAAGUGGAUCGAUAUUCCGCCAUGCCAUGGACGCGGAGUCCGAAGGCGACAGCUCCAGCUCGAGCGAGAGUGAGGCUGCGGCUCCUUUGGGCUUCCUUUGGAGCGCGCAGAACCUGCCACGCCCUUCGAGCACCAGCUCCGACGCAGGCGAGUUCCGGCCUAGGGGCCAUGUGGCGCUUCAGCGUGCCUUCAAGGAGAGGAAGGCCAUGGAGGACAUGGAGCGGGAGGCGCUGAUUCUGCAGCUCAUGCAAGUGGUGACGCUCUUUUGGAAGAGGCGCAAAGACCCGGAGUGGGCGAAGCCGCCCAAGGAGUUGUUGCGGAAGCACUUGACGGAAAUCUGCAGCACCAGCCGUGCCGCCCGGCGUCUUGGGAACACCGCGGAAGCCUUGGUCCUAUUGUGUGCAGAGACGCAUACAGCGAAGGGCAAAGCGCAGGUGGAUAAGAAGGAGAUCUGGGCCGACUACAAGUCCCGGACACUGAUGCAGCUUCACCCGCGAGGCGACCGCGCAGUUGUGAAGCUGCCCAAGCUUAAGGAUGAUCCCACUCGCGAGCUACGAGGGUCCAAUCGUCUGGCGCGGCUGGUGUUGGACACCGGCCAGCUCUCCGCAAGGGGCCAGUACUUGCAGGUUUGCACUCAGCAGGGUAUCCCGCCUGUGGUGGAGACUCUGACCUCAGGGCAGUCGAGCCUGAACAUGGUGGACCAGAACCUCUCCGACCACGAUAUGCUGGCGCUUCUUCCGCUGCUGGAGACUGGCACGCUGAACUCGGUGGACUUCUCCUGCAACCCGCGUCUGACGGACCGAGGCUUGGUGCCGCUGCUGCGGGCGCUGCCGGCCACGCUGCGGCGCCUGGCGCUGCGCAGCAGCGCGCUGGGGCCCAACGGCACCGCGCUGCUGGCGGAGCUGCUCGUAAGCCGGGUGGGCUUCAGCAAGCUCCUUCUGCUGGACCUCAGUGAGGUGCCGUUGCAGCGGAAAGGCUUCCAGCUGUUGGCGCAGUCCAUUGCAGCGCACCGGAACCUGCAAGAGCUCAACUUGUCCAGCACAGGCCUUUCGCCCUAUGCCAGCGACGCGAGGCAAUGCAUUGGAUGGCUGAUGCAGUGCCCGCAGCUUCUGAAGUUGGAUCUCUCUUGGAACUCCUUGGACGCGCCCGCGCUGCUUCAGUUGGGCCACUGCCUCUCCACGCGCCGCGCACUUCAGAAGCUGAGCCUCGCUGGCUGCGGCGCUCACAGGGUCCGGCGUGACGCGGAGCUGCCCAUGGAGGGCUUCCUGGAGCUCUUGGCGAAGAACAGCACGCUGAAGGAGCUCGACCUGUCGCUGAACCACAUGGACCACCGCGCCGCGUUGAUCCUUGAAGACGCGCUGGAACACACGGAGCUUAGGGCCUUGACGCUGAACGACAACCCCUUGGGCCCGGCGGGGCUCCGCUCCGUGCUGCGCCUGCUCUGCGGCAAGGCUGGCAUCCACUUCCUGAAGCUCAGCGGGUGCCACAGCGGAUCCCCGGACGGGGACAUCUUCAACUUCGUGAACCCGGGCGGACGGUAUCACUUAGACUUGGGGCGGCCCUACGAUCGCAGCCUGCUGCGGAUGCUUCACAAGAAGUGUGAAGACGCAGGCCAGCCGCCAUCUGCGGCCUUCCAUGACGUGUCCCACAGCUUCUGCGCGGAGAAGGCAGACGGCAUCUAUCAGGUGCCGCAGAGUGGCCACCUGUCGCUGAGCUUCUGCGAGCCGCAGCCGGAGGUGUCGGAGCCGUGGUCCUUUCAGCGAGUGCUGGACAGGACUUGGUGCGAGAGGCGGGUGAGCCCCAGCUGCUACCAGAUGGCGCAGCUCUUGCGGCAGUGGCAUUUGGCAGAGGAGGACCCUGAGACGAAGCUCAUCCUCCUGGAGGUCUUAGCCAAGGACUUCAUUGUCUCCUCCGCGUUGCUCAAAGAGAUGUGCGCCUCACAGCCCAACAUGCUACGGGAGAUCCUGAGCCGUUUGAUCCAUUGCAUCCGUGGGCGGGCUCAGCAAUACCUGGCCACCAUGCUCGCUCCCUCGGUUUGCUCCUUCCUUCGGGUCAUGGACAAUGUGAAGAAGCUGCUGAGCUUCACGGCGGAGAACCCCACGGGGCACUACUUCCUGGAGCUCUCCGAGGCCUCGGACUUCGCGCUGGCGGAGCAGAUCUUGGCGCUGAACCGCUGGGAGACCAGGGUGGAGCAGCACCUCAACUACCCGGACACCUCCCCGCUGGGGAACCGGUGCCACCUCCGAAACAUGACCUACGCUGGCCGACGUUUGCCGGUGCAGGACGUGAGGGAGUGGAUUCUGCCGAUGUCCGAAGUCUUUGCCUUUGACUACGUCAGCAGCAAGCGGCCCCUCCCCAGUGACCCAGCGCUGGAGCCAGAGGACUUCCAGAAGUUCCUGAAGGCGCUCGCCAGGGGCCGAAUGGGACCGGAGCUGCGCUUGCGGGCGCUGCGGGCGGUGGCUUGCCACCUCUUUCUCCAGGCAGCUCAGCUUCGGCUGAUCUUGGGCCUCUUCGAGGAGGGCUUUCGUGCACGCUGCGCCGUGAUCUUCUUCUUCCGGGUGGUGGACAUGCAGAACCAGAAGAUCUUCCGUUGCGCGCUGGAAGACCAGCAGCUGAAGCUGCUCCAGAAGAGCCUGGGAUGCCUCGCGUGCUUCCCUUUCAUCCAGUUGGAGCACUACACGGCGGAGCUGGACAUGAGCUUCCAGGACCAGCGCCGUGCCGUGCAGAUCCUCUGGCAGCUGGCGGAGAAGGAGCGGUCCCAGAACCUGCAGGACGUGGUCUACAAGAGUGCGGAUGGGCAUGUGCUGCCUGGCGACCAGCCCCGUCCCUGGUUCGUGUGGGAGUCGGUGCCCACCUCCGGCCAUGUCAAGGUAACCUACACGGGAGGCAAGGAGACCUGCUGCCUGCCUCUGCGUAAGAAGCUUCAUGAGGAAUUCGGGCACUGGCGCUUCGAGGGGGAGGUGAACUGGUGGUCCUCUCUGGCAGAAGCCCCUGCCGAGGUCAUUCGAUUUCUGCAGCUUUGCCUGCGGAAGUUCCAAGACUUGGAUCAAGCCUUCACCUUCAUCGACGGGGUCAACGGCAACGGGGUCAUCGGCCUCAAAGAAAUGGCGGACCGUGUGAAGCGCAUCGGCAAGCUCCCAGGCUCAGCGGUGCAGAAGGUGUUUCGCUUCCUGGACCCGGACAGCAGUGGCAGCAUCUCCCGCAAGGAGUGGUCAGCGCUGGGAGACCUGCAGAAGGAGGUUCGCAUGCAGCUGGAGGAGUUCACUUUGUUUGCGCAGAGAGAGUUUUCGCCAGCCCGGGGUGCAUUGCAGCGGAUUUGGGCCAUGAUCGACGCUGAGAACCAGGGCCAAGUGACGCGGAAGGAGUUCCAAGAGGCAGUGCGUCGCCUGGGCUUCUUCGGCCGAGGCGUCAUUGCGGAAUUUCUGGACAUUGACGGCAAGGGCUUUGUGAGCUUGGAGGACAUGCAGCAGCUGCGGCGCUUUCAGAGGGACCAGCGCUCCCAGAGCUUGCGCACGAAGAAGUCGAGAUUGUUAUUGCCCCGGCGCAAGUCGGCACUCUGAGCAGAUGGCGGACACACGGAAGAGCAAAGUCUAUUAGCAACAAAACCAGCGCGCGAUUUGGUCGCCGUUUGAAAGAGUUCUUAGCUUUUGUCCUUGCAGCGCGGCUUGGGUAGUCAGAGUUUAUCUUGUCUGCAACAAAGUUGCAGGCGAAUUGCUCUAGCAAUCGGCCAGGCGAAUGAAGGGUCCAUGCCGCUUCUUCGUAGUCCUUUCAUGGGAUCCCGACGCAAGGCCCGACAAACAUGGUUUUGGGAAUUGGUGGUGU